AUGAAUUAAGGAAAAAUAUAUUGUUAUGGAGGAAGCAUAGAUAUCGAGGGGACGAUUUUGCUUGAUGAAUUUUUGGAAAUUGAUGUUGUACAAUUGAAAUUCCGUUAAAUAAAAAGUGCUCCAACAGGAAGAGUUGAACACAGUAUGUGCAUGUAUAGAGGUUAGAUAUUAAUAAUUGGGGGAAGGACUCAGAAAAAGAUUUUUAAUGAUUGUAAAACGUACUCAAUAGGAAGUGAUAAAUGGAAUUAAAUAGAAUUUGAGCCUGCCCAUAGAUUUGGCCAUUAAUGCACGGUUUAUGAGGACACUAUAAUUGUAACUGGAGGAAGUGAUGGAUAACUAAUAUUAGACGAUGUCUGGCUGUUAGUCGAUUUAAGAACCUGGAUAAGAUUGGAAAUAAAAAACCCCUUGCCAAUAUUUAGACAUUAAGCAGCAUUAGCUAUGAAAGAGUAUUUAAUAAUAUUUGGAGGGUGUACAUUCGAUGGAAAAAGAUGCAACGAUAAUUUCUAUGCUCUAAAUAUAGUAACAUUGAAAUGGAUUGAACUGCCUAAAGUAAGUAGACAUCCAUAUCCUCGUGUACAACAUACUAUGCUCUGUUUGUUACAUUAAUCUCGAGAGGAUAUUUUAGUUAUUGGAGGUUUAAACUAUCAGGAUCUCUCGAUUCUUAAUUUUUCUCAAAUGGCCAACUUGGUCGAUCUCUAACCUCAAUCAUCAUUAAUGAGUUAUCGUAGUCAUACAGUAGAGAGAGAGGAAUUUUUGUAGGACAUUCCAUUAGAAGUUCAAAAUAUAGAGGAAGGAACUUCGUUUUUGGAAUUAGGAAAAUAUUACGAGUGGAAGAUUGAAUCUAACCAGGAAAUGAAGUUUACUCCUAGAACAGGUCAUUCAGUAGUACAAUGCUAGGAAAAUCUGUUUUUAUUUUGUGGAUCUGAUGAAACUACCAUAGUAAAUGAUAUGCAUUGUUACAAUAUAUUCAAGAAACAAUGGGAAUAAAUAGCCCCCAAAGGAAUCCUUCCCUCGCCAAGAUCAGGCUGUAAAGGAGUGGCUCAUUAACAUGACAUUUAUUAUUUUGGAGGAUAUACUAAUAGAAGAGGAGAAUACUUUAAUGAUUUAUAUGUUUUCGAUACAAAACUAAGAUAAUGGAAUUAGAUAAGAACAACUAGAGAAAUUUAACCCAGAGUUGAUAUGUCACUUGUAAUAAAUAAUGAAAAAUUAUAUGUAUUUGGAGGAGCUGAUGGCAGUAAUAGAUUUAAUGACUUGCAUUGCUUUGAUAUCCAAAACAAUUAGUGGGUUAAAUUGCAAACUCAUGGAUAAAUCCCAUCCCCUAGAUUUGGCCAUACUGCAGAAGUAUAUAAAAAUCAAAUGUAUGUUUUUGGUGGUUGGGAUGGCUUUAAGACUUUAGAUGAGCUUUAUACUUAUUCAUUUGCAUCCAACUAUUGGUAUUUAGAAAAAGUUAGGAAUAAACCCCCUUCUCGUUAUAGGCAUAGCAGCACCAUAAUUGGAUACAGUAUUUACAUAUUUGGGGGAGUUGAUGCAGCAAUGACUCGAUACAACGAUCUCUAUGAGUUUAAUUGUGAAUUAAAAGAAUGGAAAUUUAUAGAAACAGCUGGCAACACUCCUUCUGCAAGAACAUUUCAUCAAUUGUGUUCAUAUGAAACAAACAUUUACUUAAUUGGUGGGAACGAUGGAACUAAAAAAAAUAAUGAUAUGUACUCAAUUUAAGUAUUUGAUCAUAGAUUUAGUGACUUAUCUAGUAUUUCACAAUUAGAAAUUUAAUCAACAAUUGUUCCAAAAGAAAAUGGCUUAAUUAGUAUUUUGAAAAAUUAAGUAAAUGAAUUAGGAUAAAGAUUAAGAGAGGAGUAAGAAUUCAAUUUGUGUUAAAUUUGUUCAUCUAAAGAUAUCAAUUCUGUCUUUUUGGAAUGCGGCCAUAGAUUUUGUUGUUAUGAGUGUUCAAACAAACUAGAGCUAUGUAAAAUAUGCUUAAAAAAGCCCAGCCGGAUCAUUAAAAUAUUUGUAGUUUGA